UUCUCAGGGACGCAGGUCGGUUAGUGACAGUGAAGCUGCAGUAAUACAGUAGCGCUUCUUCCUUGCUAGCUCUCCUGUCCUGUCUACAACUUUAGGACUUCGGAAACACUCCAGUUGCGGUUUUUUUUGGCGCUUCAGAUGCACAAUUAACGGCUUUGGGCAAAACCCAUGACCCAGCAGGAGCAGAAUGAGUUCAUGGAGAGUUGGGAGGACGCGCAGGCGUGGAUGCAGGCCGUCCAGGAAAGACUCAAGCUCAACGACAACACCGAAGGACCCAGAGCGGCUCUGGAGACCCGACUGAGAGAGACGGAGAAAAUCCACGAAUCGGUGCAGGAGGGCCAGAUGAAAAUGGACCAGGUCCUGGCGGCCGCCGAGGCUCUCCUGAAGAACGGAGAUGAGGCGCUGAAGAACCAGACACACUCCAGACUUAAAGAACUUAAGACUCUGUGGGAAGAGACGUCCACCUACAUCGUCCACUGCCACAGCCGGAUCGAGUGGGUGUGGCUUCACUGGAGCGAGUACCUGAAGGCCCAUGAGGAGUUCAGCUUGUGGCUGGUGAAGGUGCAGCGGACGGUGGAGCCUCAGCUGGAGCUCCAGCUGGGUCUGAGGGAGAAGCUGUGGCAGGCGGACCACCACGGCGUGAUCUGCAGUGACGUGAAGGCCCAGGAGCCUCUGCUGGAACGGCUGCUGGACGAGGCUUCUGCGCUUUAUAGCCGCACACAGGACCCCAGUGUGGACGAUCUCGCUCAGAACAACCUGCACGAGGCGUACAACAACGUCCGCACCAAAGCAGAGGAGAGGCUAGCUCUGGUGCAGAAGGUUGCAGAAGAGCAUCAGGAGCACCAAAGCCGCGUUCACGAGUUUCAGAAAUGGUUGGAGUCGAAGUCAGACGAAGUGAGCCGUUUCGCAGAGAUCGAGGACGUCUCGGAGAAUCGACUGCGAGCCCUGCAGGACCUGGAUCACAGCGUGACCCGUGAAGAAGACACAUUACUGCACAUCGAAGGCCAAGCCGAGGCUGUGAAGGCCAACACGUCACCCGCAGGAGCCGAGCUAAUCACGGAGGAGGUGGGAGAGCUGCGGCUAAGAUGGCAGAGGCUCCGGCUGGUGCUGGAGGAGAUCCGCGACAAGCUGAAGGGCUCUAUGGAUACCCAGAGAGAGUACUACACCCAACGAGAGGAGCUGGCAGAGGGCAUCAAGCAGCUACGAGCCCUCGUGCACAAAAUGAGCCGGCAGCUGGAGAAUAAAGAUGGUGAGAGGAGCGAGGAGAACAUGGUGGCUCGGUGGAAGAGCUAUACAGAUGUGAGGAGCGUUCUCUCAGUUGCGGAGCCUCAGGUCGAACAGCUCAAAACCCAGCUGAAGGAGCUUUACCGGUUCCCACAUGAUACCCGAGAAAUUGCUGAUGAAGUACUGACUGUGGUGAAAGAGUACCAGAGCGUGAGAGGACGCAUGUUCCGGCUCUGCUCGGAGAGCGAGACAGCGCUGAAGCAGCUCCUACAGGAUCCGCUGCAUGGCUUCAGUCAGUGGAGUCAGGCGGCAUCCCAGGUGCUGGACACCUCGGCCUCGGUCACCGACUUCUCCCACAUCGCUGUGCACGUGCAGAACGUCGAGAAGCUGCUUAGAGACAGCAUGCUGCUGCAGGAGAGACUCAGCUCACUGCAGGUGAAAGCCGACCUGCUGGGCUCUGUGUUCGGCGAGGAGAAAGCCCAGAGCCUGCUGGAGGAGCUGGGUACAGACAUGAGGAAGAGAGAACAGCUUCACGGCCAACUGCUGCAGAGGAGAACUCGACUCCAGGAAUUAAUAUCGAAGACGAAGAACUUCGGCGAGGCGUACGACUCUAUUCACCAGAAGCUCACGUCUCUAAAGGAGAGAUUUCACGCCGCAGACGGACUCCAACCCGAUAUUCUCGCUAAGAAGAGCCAGGCUGACCAACUGAAGGUUAUUAAGAAGGAUCUGGAAGACUGCGAGGCUCACAUCACCGCUCUGGAGACCCUCGUCUCGUCCAGCCUGGCUAACAGGACCAAGUUCGAGCGUCUCUACUCCGACUGGAAGCUGCUCUACAAAGCUGUCCGUAUGAGGGUGAAUGAAAGUGAGGAGAGUAUUUUGGAGCACGAGAGUUUCCACGACAGUCUGCUGAACAUGGAGAAAUGGCUGAUGAUCAUGAGGCAGAAGCUGGAGUCGUUCCGAGGCGCAAACGGAGAGUGGAGUGUGGUGAACCGGCAACAUGAAGCAGAGAGGGCGCUGGGCGAGUUUCCUGAAAAGGAGCUGCAGCUGCACAGGGCCGAAGCGCAGGGUCACGCCGUGCUGCUGAAAACCUCAGACGAGGGCAAAGUUCACAUUGAGCGUGACCUCAGACGUCUGCGUGAGUCCUGGAUGUCUCUCCAUGAGCUCAGUCUCAACCUGUUCAGACUCUUGAAUGGACACGGCGCCUCGGGAGAAAUCGACUCUUCACUACACUCGCACCAUGCAGCCGAUUUCCUGGAGGGAAGCGCUGGAUCCUCAAUCCGAGGCUCUGGCCUUGAAGAUGACCGUCAGCUUUCCAAGGUCUCACCGAUGGCCAGAAGUUCAGGAGGAUUUAAGGAUUAUGCCAAACACGGGAAAUCCGCGACCAAACAUGACGACGCGUCUCAAACAGACAACGCAGAGUUCGGGCCUUCUCAGAUACCUUCUGAGAACGUCCGAGGAGUCUGGAGAGGGGAAGCGAGAGGUCAGUUUACCGAAGUGGACUCGCCUGCCGUCGGACGAGGCGAGGGAGGACACGCCCGUGGAGCGGGAGCGGAAAGGAGAUCCGGGAAUCGAGGGAGAACGAGGGAUUGGGUCGAACAUCACGAGUUGGAACAUGUUGGCUACUAUGCAAGCGAUUUCCUUGACACAGCCAAACCCUCAAAUACAGAUGUUAGGCUAAAACAGCUGUCUGCAUUUAAAGACGUCACAGACGCCUCAGCUCACGGCCCCACAGACGUCACUCAGGGAAGAGAGCGCAGACCUGACUGGAAAUCUCACAGAGGAGAGUUCGACGCCUGGCUGCACAAAGAAAACCAGAAACUGACAGAGAUCACCAACAACCAAAGAGCUCUGAGCACCAAAGAACUGAAGAUAAGAAGGAGCACACUUAAGGGGCUGCGUGCUGGCAUACCAUGGGGUCAAACUCAGUUCCAGCAGCUACUGAGCUCCUGGCAGGCUGAAACAGGAAGUGAGGAUGUGGAACUGGAGGAGCUUCGCUACAGAUGGAUGCUUUAUAAAUCCAAACUGAAGGAUGCGGAAAGUGGAAAAGCUCAGCUCCCACUCCAGGAUGUCCAGCAGGAGGAGCUGGUUCGGUCCAGAAAGCAGGAGAGCUGCUGUGGGUUCCUGUACCGUGUGUGUCGCGUGGCUCUUCCUCUGCAGCUGCUGCUCCUCGCUCUGCUGCUCUUCGCCUUCCUCCUGCCCAUGAUGGACGAGGGCACGAGCUGCUCGCUGUCCAACAACUUCGCCCGUUCUUUCAACAUCAUGCUGCGCUACCAUGGCCCUCCACCCACCUAAACACACACACACACACACACACACACACACACACACACACACACAUACAUACACACUGUUGCACAUUUUCACAUAGCUCACAUAUGCACACACACACUCGGAUACACACAUGGACACAGCUUACACAUAUACACACACACACUAUACAGCUAUACCUACACAUACACACACAGACAUAUACAUACACACUGUUGCACAUUUACACACAGCUUUACAUUUACACACACACACACACCUAUACGUACAUAUGUGUAGCUAAACCUGCAUGCGUGUGUGUAAAUAUGCACAGCUAUACCUGCACCUAAACACACGCACAUAGACACACACACACACAGACUGUUGCACAUUUAAACACCACUCUUUAUGCACACACACACACUCGUAUAGACACACGGGCACAGCUUUACAUGUAUACACGCCCACACACACACACUGUUGCACAUUUACACAACACUCUUUAUGCACACACGCUCGGAUACACACAUGGACACAGCUUUACGUGUACACACACACAUCUAUAAGUAUAUGUGUGUAGCUAAACCUGCAUGCGUGUAUGUAUGUGUGUACAUAUGCGCAGCUAUACCUGCACCUAAACGCACACACACACACACACACUGUUGCACAUUUACACAAGCUCUUUAUGCACACACACACACUCGGAUACAUACAUGGGCACAGCUUUACAUGUACACACACACACCUAUAAGUACAUAUGCGUAGCUAAACCUGCAUGCGCACACAGAUAACUAUACACAUGUACACACAAUCAUAUCUAUACACACACACACACACAUUUCUAUGAAUACAUUCAUAUGUCUGUACAUGCAUGCACACACACAUGUACACAUACACACACCUAUACAAGCAUAUGCGUAUCUAUAAACACACAUACACAACCAUACACAUACACAGCUUUAAUACAUGCACCUUAACACAAUUAUGUACACAAACACGCACACUCACAUACUUCUAUGCACACAGCUCCUUCAGCAUCAAUCUCCCUCAACCUGAACACUUACCCACACACACACACAACACCUACACACACACACACACACACCUACACACUAAUCUACAUUUAAAAACGAGCUGCUUCAACAUCGAGCUCCGUCCAGCGGAACACACACUCGCACAACACCUACACACACACACCUACACACAGUGGAGAGAGCUUUUUUAUUUUCCUCUGAAUCGCCUCCUCCGUGGCCAACACACACCAAAAUAUCUGUGGAAUGUUCACCAAAAUUCUGAAUGUUACGUAAUAUGAUUUUGUUACUUCUUAUUCCUUUUCCAAGAAGACGAAGAAAAAAGCUGCAGAGAUGCACUGCAAGAAUCUGAGAUCAGUUACUGUAGCAUCGUAUUUCACACUCGGCUGGGCCCAGCAGAACUGUGUGUGUGUGUGUGUGUGUGUGUGUGUGGGGGAGGCUGGCUUUGAUGCUGGCAACCUGUUCCUCACGACUCGAGCUGUUGCGCGGUCUUAUUUUAUUACAGACGAAGCAGUAGAGCAGCUCUCACUGAGUGCAGAAUCAUUUCUGUUCCAGUGUCUAGAUAUACUGCGCUGUAGAAAAACCGUGUGUGUGUGUGUGUGUGUUUCAGUAUCCUUUUUAACACACCUCUGUUAACUUCCCUUCAUUACUUGGAAGCGUAAAUCGCUACGUCGCAUAAAAAGGCCACUAGACAUGGGCGAUAUGAUGAAAAUAUCAUAUCACAAUACUUGAUAAUAUUUCCUAUAGACACCGAUCAGGCAUAACAAUAUGACCACUUUCCUGAUCUCCUCAUCAUGGCACCUGUUAGUGGGUGGGAUAUAUUAGGCAGCAAGUGAACAUUUUGUUCUCAAAGUUGAUGUUGGAAGCAGGAAAAAUGGACAAGCGUAAGGAUUUGAGCGAGUUUGACGAAGGGCCAAAUUGUGAUGGCUAGACCACUGGAUCAGAGCAUCUCCAAAACUGCAGCUCUUGUGGGGUGUUCCCGGUCUGCAGUGGUCACUAUCUAUCAAAAGUAUCCCUCAAGUCAUGUAAGUUGCAAGGUGGGGCCUAAGUGGUUCAGGAAAGGUUUGAUGAGCACAACAACCAGUUUGAGGUGUUGACUUGGCCUCCAAAUUCCCCAGAUCUUAAUCCAAUCGAGGAUCUGUGGGAUGUGCUAGACAAACAAAUCCGAUCCAUGGAGGCCCCACCUCGAGAACUUGCAGGAUUUAAAGGAUCUGCUGCUAACUUCUUGGUGUCAGAUACCACAGCACACCUUCAGGGAUCUAGCGGAGUCCCUGUGUCAAUGGGUCAAGGCUGUUUCGGCAGCAAAAGGGGGACAAACACAAUAUUAGGCAGGUGGUCAUAAUGUUAUGGCUGAUGAGUGUGCAUGAUGUCUACACAGGAGAAAAAUAAAUAAAGCAAAACAAUCGGCAAUUUUUGAAAAGCAAAAAGUGGAUUCAAAUCAAAGAGCACCACAAUUUAGCUCAGUAUUAAAUAUUAAGUGAAAUACGUGAAUUUCAUAACUGUUUGAACAACCAGUUUCUUAAAAUAACAAACAUUUCCUAGUAUUUGAUCACUCUCUAUUGCUCUACACUCUGGUCAGCCAGACAGAAAUGGAAAUGAAAUAGCGUCAAAUUUCUGAAAAACUCUACGUUUAUAUUGAAUCUGUCGGUGACUAGCUAACAAAUUCUACGCUGAAGAUGGUGCCUAAGAUUUCCACUAGGAGAAGUUCACUAGGUUAUGUUAAAAACACUACUGGAAAAUGGCAUAUGUAUAUUCAUUUCUUUCUAACUUUUAAUAUUUUGCUUGACCAUCGCAUUAUAAAGUCCUGGAUUUAAAAAGAAAUAUCUAUAUACAAUACUUUGAUCGUUUUAAAUCAGUAGCAGAAAAAGCCAAAGACUGACGUUUACUAUGCAUUAGAAACACAAACUUUGCUACAUCUCCACCUCGUGUUUAAAUGUCUACGAUGCUAAUUUAUUAUUUUUAUUUUAUUUUUUGGUAGCUAGGAAUUUUAGCUCAAUUUUUUAUGUCGGGGGGAAAAAAAUGAAACUGAGAAUUUAACUUAAGAUCGUCUUGUGAUCGUCAAAAAAUUUUAAACUGAAAAAAAGUCAACUAACAAACACAAACCAUAUAAAAAGGAAUUUUAACCCAAGAUAUUAAUAUUUAAAAAUUGAGGCAAAGAAAAUGAUCGCGAGUUAGCCGGCGAAUUUCUGGUAGCGUCCACCCUCACAAAAGUCAGAUCUCACGCUAGCUGGCUGUCGAAUUUAUUUUAUUAGCUUAUGUGAUACUUUUUAUUUAGCGUUAGUAAAUGAAGCUAGCGAUUGUUUGCUAGCUUAUUUCAAACCGAUUUCAGCUAAAAUGGAGCUAACAGUAGCAAGCUAGUGCUAAUUUCAUAUUCUUUUUGUUUUUGAGAUAUUCGGAUAUAAUACGGACGCGUCAGAUUUUCUUUCUAAAAGGAUUCAGCCGGUUUGCUUUUUCGUUCUGAAGGGUCCAGCCGACGAGAUGAAAAUAACCCAGUAGGACAAGAACGGCCCUGUUUUUAAAACCGCUUCUCUCUUUCUUUCUUUUUUUUCACCUCCGAGUUCUGUGUUCAUUUUUUAUUUUUUCUUUCCUCGCCCCCUCGCUCUCUUUCCUCAGCGGACCCACCGUUGCUAUAGCAACCCGGGACCAAAUUUAGUUAUUCUAUUAGGAUCCCAUCAGAAAAGGUCCAUUGUUAGAGGAGCUGUUGGGGAGAUCAGGAUGGUUCCGUACGACUCGGAUCGACACGGGCGAGCCCGCGGAGCGCUUCAAGCUGAACUGUAGGAAGCUCAGGUGGAUUUUUGUAUUCGAAAGCAGUGUUAAAUAUCAGUCGUGCCGCAGAAAAACUUUAUUUAUAAAAUAAAUGCCAAAAUAGAAGACACGUGCUCAUGAAGAAUCAAGUCACCCAAAGCUUUACCGAAGCCUAUUUUUUGUCAUCUUGUUUUGACUAAACUUUACAGUAAGUUUCUUAUAAUUGACUGUAUUUAAUAGACGGCUUGUUUCGUGCUUUUACAACACUUUAGGAUUGAGGAGAAAGCGAAAGAGGUGUAAUUUCAUCAACUGUGGUCGGAAACUGGCGGAGACGAUUUGUAGCCGAUUCUGAAGAAAUGUGCUAUAAGUCAACAAAUAAAUAGAAAAACGUUUCCAUUCUAAUAUAAAAAAAAACUGUUACAAAUUUUUAAAUGUAUGAUAGAAGAAUUUUCAAUCACGGAUUGACUUAACAAGCAAUAAAAAAUGAAUUAAAAUCAACAUUUAAACAAUCAUUAAUUAACGAUUAAUUUACUCAGGAUUUAUUCAUGCCACAAUUAACUUUCUGUUCAUUAAAACGCAGUAAAUAAUGUUACUUUAAUGGAAACUUGAUGUAAAGGUGCCUCUUUUUUUUCUGCCCAUUUUUUGUUUUCCAUUUUAGGAAACCAGUAUUACUUACGUACUGCAUACUCAUUUGCAUACUGGAAUUUAAUAGGCUGUUAUGUUUUAUGAUGCAAUAACAUUUUUCUUCCGUCAUGUGGUAUAAGCACUGAUUGUUUUUUUACAUUUGUUUUCCAUCUCUUGUGUUUUUUAAAGAGCAACACCAAAGACCUGUAUUCUUAAUUCGCAAAUAAAAAUAAAUCGGCUGAACAUGUUUACACACGCACUGAUGGUGGGAAAAAUCGAAUCUGGUUUCUUUUAGUAGCAACGUACUGUAGUGAGGUUUUUUCAUCAGCUGAGUAGCAGAAUAUCAGCAAUGUUUGUUUUACGUUUGUUUUGUUUGUUUUUUUCAGCGCACAUUUUAUAUACAGCGCCACUCGAUUCUGAUUUGUCGUAAGCUCCUAGCUACAAAGUUUGUUAAUACUCGAUUCAUGGAAGGAGUCUCCAGAUUCAGUGCUUUCUUUGCAUCAGAUGGAAAGCUGUAGCUUUGCACAAACAUUUAAAAAAUGUUUUGUGAUAUUUUUCAAUAAUUCCACCGGUGUUGCUCUUUAAAAACAGACAAAAACCACUGCACUGAUCUUAACAGAAGUUUGACUUUGACAGAAGUGACGGGUGACUUGAACGUUAAAACUUUCGAACCUCGAUACAAAACCUCGCGACUGCACUUAAUCAGCUAUAACACGUUACAAAGCUAAAAAUGUAGACGAUUUGCUUAUUCGUGUGUUGCUUUAUAUUGUUUGUCCUUUGUUGUUUUUAUUAAAACCCUUUAAAUGUCUUAUACAGACGUCCUGUAUAGUGGAUCUACAGGCGCGAUACCGUACUAGCAGAUCUACAGGCCCGUUAUCGUACUAGCGGAUCUACAGGCGCGAUACCGUACUAGCAGAUCUACAGGCGCGUUAUCGUACUAGCGGAUCUACAGGGGCGAUACCGUACUAGCGGAUCUACAGGUGCGAUACUGUACUAGCGGAUCCACAGGCGCGAUACCGUACUAGCGGAUCCACAGGCGCGAUACCGUACUAGCGGAUCCACAGGCGCGAUACCGUACUAGCGGAUCCACAGGCGCGAUACCGUACUAGCGGAUCCACAGGCGCGAUACCGUACUAGCGGAUCCACAGGCGCGAUACCGUACUAGCGGAUCCACAGGCGCGAUACCGUACUAGCGGAUCCACAGGCGCGAUACCGUACUAGCGGAUCCACAGGCGCGAUACCGUACUAGCGGAUCCACAGGCGCGAUACCGUACUAGCGGAUCCACAGGCGCGAUACCGUACUAGUGGAUCCACAGGCGCGAUACUGUCCUGGUUUAGAACACUGUGCAAGAUUCAAGAAAAAAUAUUUUCAAAAAUCGAGUCAAUUAUGCAAAUUAUUUGAGGAUUUUUUUUUGCGUAAAGCCUUUCCUUGUUAAACGUGUGCUAAAACGCACUUCUAUUAAAAUCACAAGGUUCAUGUUAUUUUCCUACGAUAUUUUGAAAUGUAUAACGCUCUGUUAUGACAUAAAGCUGAUAUACUGUAUUUAACCACUAUUUUUGUAUUGUAUUCAUGGCAAUAAAAAUGCAGUGUAUGGAA